AUGUCAGCUGUCAAUGACAGCAAAUUCAACCCUGCAGUGUUUCUUCUCACCGGGAUACCUGGGCAGGAAGACGUCUAUCUAUGGUUCUCUAUCGCCUUCUGCUUCACAUACAUUAUUUCGAUAGUUGGCAAUGCUGUCAUUCUCGUCAUUAUAACAACAGAUUUAAGCCUCCAUGAGCCCAUGUACAUUUUCCUUUCCAUUUUGGCUGUCACUGACCUUGGCUUACUGAUAGCCACUGUACCAACGAUACUGGGAGUGUUUCUAUUUAACCAUAGAAAGAUCAGCCACAAUGCCUGUUUUGCCCAGAUGUUCUUCAUCCAGUCACUUCAAUACAUUGAAUCCGGUGUGCUCUUGUUAAUGGCCUUUGACCGCUUUGUUGCGAUCAGUAACCCACUGAGAUACGCCUCCAUCUUAACCCUGAGAAGAAUAGUCAAGAUGGGACUGGUCUUUGCACUAAGAGGGGUGGGUGUCAUACUCCCACUCCCCCUUCUCCUGCAACGGUACCGCUACUGUCGAGCCAACGUCCUCUCCCAUUCCUACUGCCUGCACAUGGAGGUCAUGAAUAUGGCCUGUGCGGACAUCACUGUCAACAACAUCUAUGGCUUGGUUAUUACAGUUCUCACAGUGGGGUUGGACUCGCUGCUCAUCUUCGUCUCUUACGUGAUGAUCCUCAAAACGGUGCUGAGCAUCGCGUCCCGCACGGAGUUCCUCGUGGCCCUGAACACCUGCGUCUCCCACCUCUGCGCCGUCCUGCUCUUCUACACGCCUGAGUUCAGCCUGACUUUGAUGCACAGAUUUGCCAAGAGCUCUUCUCCCUUGCCCCAUGUAGUGCUGGGCUACAUCUACCUGCUGGUCCCGCCCCUGAUGAACCCCAUCGUGUACAGUGUGAAAAGCAAACACCUGCGCGCCAGGAUCAUCCGGGUGUUCAUCAAGUGA